UGUGUAACCAAUAUAAACAUUUUCAUCGUUGAUUUUUUUGCUGAACAGUGAAUAUUAUCGUUGAUUUGUUGUAUUCUUGUAUCAUGUUUUAACUCAUUUUAUACCAUCAAAGCCACCGAAAUUAUAGAAUAGAAAAAGGCAAAUUCCCAUCUAGUCUAUCUAGAUUCUAGACAACGGGGUAAAGGUUUUAUUAAAUAUUAAAUAAUCAGGGCACGAAAACCAUAUAAUUCUAAACAUCCACAAAGUUCCAUUGAAAAAUUUAAAAAAAAAAAAAAAAAAUGGGUGUUUUUAGAAUCCUUGUAAUCUGUGUUUCAAGCUCUGUGUGUAUAUACUUUCUCUUAGCUCUCAUCAGGGUCCUUCUCAAACUAUGUUGGACCCCAAUUCGCAUGCAGUAUCUAAUGGGUUCACAGGGAAUCAAAGGUCCUUCCUACAGGUCCUUCCAUGGAAGCACCAAGGAAAUGAUGAACAUGGAAAAAGAAGCCAUGAGCAGGUCCAUGGAUUUAUCACAUGACAUACUUUCCAAAGUUCAGCCUCAUAUUCACUCAUGGGUCAACAAAUAUGGGAAGAAUUUUCUUCAGUGGAGCGGUCCUCGAGCUCAAUUGGUCCUAACAGAACCAGAGCUUAUCAAAGAGAUACUAAAUAAUAGAGACAACGCUUUCCAGAAACAAAAGGGUGAAGAUUUUAUAAAAAAGCUCUUAGGAGAUGGGCUUGUGACAUCUGAAGGUGAAAAAUGGGCAAAGAUGAGAAAACUGGCCAAUUCUGCCUUCCAUGCAGAGAGCCUGAAAAAUAUGAUUCCAGCAAUGAUCGCUAGUGUGGAGGUGAUGCUAGAAAGGUGGAAACAUCAUGAAGGCAAAGAGAUUGAGGUAUUUGAAGAGUUUAGGCUAUUGACAUCAGAACUGAUUUCUAGGACAGCUUUUGGGAGCAGUUACUUAGAAGGGGAGAACAUUUUUCAGAUGUUGAUGAAAUUGACUUUGUUAACGUCCAGAAAUACUCAUAAACUCAAGUUUCCUGGCAUCAGUGAAUUUUUUAAAACCAGCGAUGAAAUUGAAUCAGAGCAGCUUGAAAAAGAAAUAUUCAACUCUAUAGUAGAGAUAAUUAAGAAAAAAGAAGAGAAGGUAAUGACUGAAGAGGUUGGCAGCUUUGGGAAUGAUUUUCUUCAAUUACUUGUAAAGGCUUAUCAUGAUGCCAAUUCUAGCCCAAAGAUUUCAAUACAAGAUUUAGUGGAUGAGUGCAAAACAUUUUACUUUGCUGGGCAAGAAACCACUAAUUCUUUGCUAGCGUGGACUGUAUUGCUUCUAGCGAUCCACACUGAUUGGCAAGAGGAAGCAAGAAAGGAGGUUCUCAAUUUAUUUGGCCACCAAAAUCCAAAUCCAGAUGGUAUCACAAAGCUCAAGACUAUGGGCAUGAUCAUAAAUGAGUCUUUAAGGUUAUAUCCACCUGUACUUGCAAUUACAAGAGAAGUUGUAAGGGAAACUAGACUUGGGAAGCUCACUCUUCCAGCUGAACUUCUGUUGUUCAUCUCAAAUAUUGCAGUUCACCAUGACUCUCAAGUAUGGGGAGCGGAUGUGCAUCUUUUCAAACCAGAGAGAUUCUCAGAAGGUGUGUCCAAAGCUACUAACAACAGCAUAGCUGCGUUUUUGCCAUUUGGAAUGGGACCCCGAACCUGUGUGGGUUUUAACUUUGCUACCACUGAAACAAAGAUUGCUCUUUCUAUGAUUCUACAACGCUAUGCCUUCACCCUAUCCCCAGCCUAUGUCCACUCACCAUUGCAGGUUCUUACCCUUCGCCCACAACAUGGAAUUCAAGUGCUGCUACACUCACUGUGAAGACUAACUGGCAAUAAUAUGUGCACUUGUGCACAGAACAUCCAUACAUCAAUGGAUGUGUGUACCUUUUUUUUUUAUUCUAGCUGUUGCUGAGCUUUCAAUGGUUGCUUGGAAGAGUAAGUGAAAACUGAUGAGUUACACAAAAAGUGAAUGAACAUUGAACUACUAAAAUUAAUAAAAACAUCGAAGUCUAGGGUGACCAAUUUGAGGAUUAACAUGUUGAUCAUUAGUUGGUGUAACUUAAAUGCAUAUGGAGGGCUUCCAAAUACCUCAAGAUAUGAUAUGAACUGGACCAUUUGGUCAUAACUGUUGUCUUAUGUGUGCUUAAUUCUAAUUAAAUUUGAUCCUUUCUUGAUCUUGAUUA